AAAGUAGGUGCCAAGGAAGCCUAAAGAUCUUGAGAAAAAAGCAAUCAGUCUAUUUUUAGGUUAGAACAGAAUAAACAGUCAUUCAUGCAAUUAUUAAUGAUCGAAUUAACUCUCUCAAAAAGUCUUGGUGCCUGACAAUACUGUCUCCACAUGUCGAAUAUGAUAAUUAUUCAGAUCUAAAUGGCCUACAAGAGAAAUUUACAUCAGAGCAUGUAUUGUACUGUGGGCUCCUGAGUGGCGCAGCGGUCUAAGCAACUCAGUGCAAGCGGCAUCACUACAGUCCCUGGUUUGAAUCCAGGCUGUAUCACAUCCGGCUGUGAUUGGGAGUCCCAUAGGGCGGCGCACAAUUGGCCCAGGAUUGUCCGGGUUUGGCGGUCAUUACCUCUCAGGUAAAAUGUUCACAUUUCCAAAGGAGUCCGUCUCUGAUCAUGUGGGGCUAAUACCAAAGGGAGAAAACUAUCCUUCUGUGACAGUAUGUCUCAGGUAUUUCACAGAUGUCAAGAGGGCGUUUUCCAUCUUUUCCAUGGCAACUCCGACAAGCACCAAUGACUUUCUGUUGUUCAAAGAGUCCAAUGGUGACAUGGAGCUACAUGUUAGAUAUGUGGGAAGUACAUUCACAGGGCUACCAGAUGAGCAGAACAUGUGGAUGGCUCUGUGUGGGAGCUGGGACUCAGUCACCGGACUCAGUCAGGUUUGGAUCAAUGGGAAGCCAAGUGCAAGGAAGAUGGGACACACUGCUGGGAGUGUGCUGAAUGGAAAACCCAUCAUAAUCCUAGGUCAGGACCAGGAUUCUUAUGGUGGAAAUUUUGAUAAAGGACAAUCGUUUAUUGGUCAAUUCACUGAUGUACACAUGUGGAAUUAUGUUCUGUCACCUUGUGAGAUCCAGCGCUUCACAAGCGACUUAGAAUUCACCCCUGGGAAUGUACUUAACUGGAGGUCCCUUGAAUACACGAUUAAUGGGAAUGUUGUUCUAGAAAACAAGCAAACACCCUGCCAAAAAUGAGCAGUGUCAACCAAUCAUUCAGCGUGUUGAGAAAUGUUGACUAUAAUCAAACAUCUGAAUAUGCUUGUGUGUCUAUUCACAACUAUCCUGCAAAUCAUCAUAAAAAGUGUUUUUCUAAUCAAAUCAAGAAACACAUUAUAUUCUUUCCUAAAGCAAUAUCCUCCAAUGAAUCUAAUAAAAUUACACUCUUUAUAGUAAA